CAUCACCUCCAUGUUGAUGAUGACGACACAAUGCCUCCUUUUACCGAGGAACUGCAGUUUUGGGAUGAACUGCUAGGUGGCGCUACUGAGCAGUCCAAAACAUUUCAUCCAAAAUAUUUCUGCGACACGUUUGUGCUCGCAUGUUCCGGCCGAGUAACCAUGCAGAAUUCACACUGGGAAAGAGUUCCUUCUGUACAACAUACAGGUGACGCCCAGUCAGGCAGCCAUGACAGUUACGCUCUCCAGGGUGUCGAGAUGAAACUGUCUCCAACAAUUGCGCCGACCAACAAGGUGUGCCUUCCCGUACAGUACAGCCAAAACAGCCAUUCCAAAGCGUCUGCCGUACUGGCAGAGGCUAACUAUGAUUUCUCCGUUGAGAGGCGUGUCUUGGGUAUGGACGUGGAGGGAAGCAACGAGAGGAGUUAGCGCCUAUGUAACUUCGGUCUAAUGUAGAGGUCAUUUUGUGCAAAGAGACAUUACGUAUAUGGUGUGCAAAUAAGAUGUAUUUUUGUGUAUGUAUAUAUACAUCAACAUGUACAUGUAUAUGGAUAUGGAUACAGCAAUACGCUCAUGAAAACACAGCAAUUCAGAUACAAACAUGUUA